UGGCAUGGAGGACCAGGUGGAGGACGAGGUGGAGGAUCAGGAGGAGGAUGGCGUGGAAGACGGGGUGGAGGAGCAGGUGGAGAACGACGGCCUCCUUUGCCUUGGCGCCUGUGGGCUGCGGGAAGGGGUGGAGGGGCAAAGAGGGGGCCAGCGAGGUCCUGACCCCCAACUGGGGGGUCGCCAGGGGACCUCCCAAGACUUGCAGAGGGAGCGGUUACAACAGAGGCAGCGAAGCCCCGUCACUUUCCCAGCAAAGCGCCUCCUAGCAUCAUCGCCACCCCUUCCGAAGCGCUUUCCGAAGCCGCGUCCCCGCCCGCCCCAGACCAGCGCCCGUCCGCGGUUUCGUCCCUGCUCCCCAGCGCCGCGAGGCCGUCGGAGCCGCCGGGCGGCAGCGCCAUCUGCUGGCCAGUGUUUAAACUGCGCGAUUAGGGCCUCUGGGUCUGAACUGGAAGAAGCGCCCCCUGCAAAGGGAAAAAGGAUAAACUGCGGAAAAGCGUUUAUAACGCUAACAGCCAGAGUUACAAAAGGUUCAAGGAAGUGGGCAUCUCUCACACUUAUGGGCACCUCCACGCUUGGUGGAGGAGUGAGUUAGUACAGCCUUUCUGGAGAGAGAUAAAUUAAUAUCAAAAUCAUAAAGUGUUUGUGAUUCAUAAAUAUGUACACUUUUUGUCAAUAAAAAAACAAAAUAAAAAUUUAAAGAGUAAAAACAGUGUUUUGAUUCAGAAAUGCCACUGUUAGAAAUUUCUAUAAGAGUGCACAAAUACAAAAAGACAUUUGGAUCAAAGUGUUUGCUCUCGUGUUGCCCCAAAAUAAGGAAAAUUUGCAACAUUAUGGAAUGGUUAAAGGAACUAUGGCAUAUGCAUUAGGAUAUGAUGAAACCACUAAAAAUAACGUGGAAGAAUAUUAUUAUAUCAUAGGGAAAUGCUCAUAUGCGUAGUUGCAAUUUAAAAAGCAGAUUGCAAAACUAUGUAUUAUGUACGACAUAGUAUGUGUUCAGGGUCGCCUCGUGGGCGAGCCAGUCCAGUCUGGGGGGGUGGGGGCGGGGCUUCCCCCCCUGGCUCCUCAGGAAGCGGCGCGGGGGUGUUUCCCGCACGUCCUGCAGACGAGGCCUCACAAGAAGGCUGGCUGCGGGAGCCUGCUGGGGUUGCUGGAGCUGCUGUGCCGUCUUGUCACCACGAGGACAGUGAAGGAAAAGCGGAACCGAGAGACUGAGACAGUGAAAGCGAGAGAGACGAGAGGAUAGAGUGUGAGUUCCUGGAGCCAAUUUGGCUUGAAACUAGUCUACUCCUGGACUUUUCAGGUUGUGAAAUGUGCUCGCAGGAGGCUUUUCAGGCACAGAGAAGCCAGCUGGUGGGGCUGCUGGUCUCGGGGUCCCUGGAAGGCUUUGAGAGCAUCCUGGACUGGCUGCUGUCCUGGGAAGUCCUCUCCUGGGAGGACUACGAGGGCCUCAGCCUCCUGCGCCACCCUCUCUCCCAGUCGGCCAGGCGCCUCUUGGACACCGUCUGGAACAAGGGUGCUUGGGGCUGUGAGAAGCUCAUCGCGGCCAUCAGGGAGGCCCAGGCCGACAGCCAGACCCCGGAGCCGCGUGACUGCUGGGACCCCCGCUCACUCCACCCGGCCCGGGGCCUGCAGAGUCACCGGCCAGUCAUCGUCAGGAGGCUCUACAGGCAUGUGGAGGGCGUGCUGGACUUGGCGCGGGAGCGGGGCUUCCUCAGCCAGUACGAGUGUGACGAAAUCAGGUUGCCGAUCUUCACGUCCUCCCAGAGGGCAAGAAGGCUGCUUGAUCUUGCCACAGUGAAGACAAAUGGAUUGGCUGCCUUCCUUCUACAACGUGUUCAGGAACUACCGGUCCCGGUGGCCCCGCCUUUGGAAGCUGCCGCGUGUAAGAAGUACGCGUCCAAGCUGAGGACCACGGUUUCCGCUCAGUCUCGCUUCCUCAGCACCUACGACGGGGCGGAGACGCUCUGCCUGGAGGACAUAUACACGGAGAACACGCUGGAGCUGCGGGCGGAGCUGGGCGUGGCCGGCCUCCCCGCCACGAGCCCGGCCACCCUGGGCCUGGAGGAGCUCUUCGGCACCCACAGCCGGCUCAACGAGGACGCGGACACCGUGCUGGUGGUGGGCGAGGCGGGCAGCGGCAAGAGCACGCUCCUGCAGCGGCUGCACUCGCUGUGGGCCGCGGGGCGGCACUUCCAGGAAUUCCUCUUCGUCUUCCCGUUCAGCUGCCGGCAGCUGCAGUGUGUGGCCAGGCCGCUGUCCGUGCAGACGCUGCUCUUCGAACACUGCUGUUGGCCGGACGCUGGCGGGCAGGACAUCUUCCAGUUCCUCCUUGACCACCCGGACCGCGUCCUGUUAACCUUUGAUGGCUUUGAUGAGUUCAGGUUCAGGUUCACGGACGGCGAACGUCACUGCUCGCCAACCGACCCCACAUCUGUGCAGAGCCUGCUCUUCAACCUCCUGCAGGGCAACCUGCUCAAGGGCGCCCGCAAGGUGCUGACCAGCCGCCCGGCGGCCGUGUCGGCGUUCCUCAGGAAGUACGUCCGCACGGAGUUCAGCCUCAAGGGCUUCUCGCAGGAGGGCAUCGAGCUGUACCUGAGGAGGUGCCACCGUGAGCCUGGCGUGGCCGAACGCCUCAUCCGCCUGCUCCGGGCGACCUCAGCCCUGCACGGUUUGUGCCACCUUCCCGUCUUCUCGUGGAUGGUGUCCAAGUGCCACCAGGAACUGUUGCUGCAGGUAGGGGGCUCCCCGAAGACCACCACGGAUAUGUACCUGCUGAUCCUGCAGCAUUUCCUGCUGCGCGCCUCCCCGCCAGACGCAGCCUCCCGCGGUCUGGACCCUGGCCUCCUUCGAGGCAGGCUGCCCACCCUCCUGCGCCUCGGCUGGCUGGCCCUCUGGGGCCUGGGCACGUGCUGCUACGUGUUCUCAGCGCAGCAGCUGCAGGCAGCACGGGUCGACUCUGACGACGUUGCUCUCGGCUUCCUGGUGCGUGCCCAGAGUGUCGCGCCUGGGAGCUCGGCGAACCUGGAGUUCCUGCACAUCACCUUCCAGUGCUUUUUUGCUGCGCUCUACCUGGCGCUCAGCCCUGACACGCCGCCAGCCUCACUCAGACACCUUUUCAACUGCCGCAGGCCGGGCAGCUCACCGCUGGCCAGGCUGCUGCCCGUGCUGUGUGUCCAGGGCUCGGGGCGCCAGGAGGACGGUGUGGAGGCUUUGCUGCAGAAGGCCGAGCCACACAACCUUCAGAUCACGGCAGCCUUCCUGGCAGGGCUGUUGUCCCGGCAGCACCGCGGCCUGCUGGCUGCGUGCCAGGUGUCCGAGACGGCCCUGCUCCGGCGCCAGGCCUGUGCCCGCUGGUGCCUGGCCCGCAGCCUCCGCAAGCACUUCCACUCCAUCCCGCCAGCCGUGCCGGGUGAGGCCAAGAGCAUGCACGCCCUGCCCGGCUUUGUCUGGCUCAUCCGGAGCCUGUACGAGAUGCAGGAAGAGCGGCUGGCACGUGAGGCUGUGCGCCGGCUGGACGUGGGGCACCUCAAGCUGACGUUCUGCAGCGUGGGCCCCGCUGAGUGUGCUGCCCUGGCCUUCGUGCUGCAGCACCUCCGGCGGCCUGUGGCCUUGCAGCUGGACUACAACUCCGUGGGUGACAUCGGCGUGGAGCAGCUGGUGCCCUGCCUUGGCGUCUGCAAGGCUCUGUAUUUGCGAGAUAACAACAUCUCAGACCGAGGCAUCUGCACGCUCAUCGAGCACGUUCUUCACUGCGAGCGGCUGCAGAAGUUAGCUCUGUUCAACAACAAACUGACGGAUGGCUGUGCCCACGCCGUGGCCAGGCUCCUUGCGUGCAGGAGGAACUUCCUGGCAUUGAGGCUGGGGAAUAACCACAUCACCGCCGCCGGGGCCCGGACGCUGGCCGAGGGGCUCCGAGGCAAUGCCUCGCUGCAGUUCCUGGGGUUCUGGGGCAACAAAGUGGGUGAUGAGGGGGCCCAGGCCCUAGCUGAAGCCAUAAGUGAUCACCAGAGCUUGAAGUGGCUCAGCCUGGUGGGGAACAAUAUUGGCAGUGCGGGUGCCCAAGCCCUGGCACUGAUGCUGGAAAAGAACUCCGCACUGGAAGAGCUCUGCCUGGAGGAGAACCGUCUCCAGGAUGAAGGUGUGUGUUCUCUCGCGGAAGGACUGAAGAGAAAUUCCAGUCUGAAAGUCCUGAAGCUGUCCAACAACUGCAUCAGCUCCCUGGGGGCAGAAGCCCUUCUGCAGGCCCUUGCAAGGAAUGGCACCAUCCUGGAAGUCUGGCUCCGAGGGAACACUUUCUCUCCAGAGGAAAUUGAGACGCUCAGCCACAGGGACGGCAGACUCUUGCUUUGAUGUCUCCAGGCGGACGCUCAUCUCGGCUUGUUUGGGAGCGAGCCGUGGGCCCGGGCCCCAGCAGCUGGAUGACAUCUGACAUCUGUUCACAUCGGCUCCCUCCUGCCCAGGGCUGAAUUCAUGUUCGGGACACACCAGGUCACCUUUAUUCUGGCACAGGAAGGAGCGUCAGUGCCCUUCAGAAUAGACUUUCCCCGAGCCUGCUUUUGCCAGCGACUUCUCCCCAAGAUUCAGUCCUGGGAUGUAUGAGAGGAGCAGCCCCUCCUCCGUAGCAAGGGGCUGGCCUCCCCUGACCCUCCAGGGUUCUGCCCUGGGUCAGCGGGGCCCACGGACAUGCCUGUCAACUGAGUGUCUCUUGGUGUAGAGACCUGGCCUUGAAUGAAAGACCCUCCCCCAUUUCUCACGAAGAGAGGGGUAUUCGGGAAGCAUCUUUCCACCAUGUGGACUCAUGGACUGUCCAUCCUGGCCAUUCCCCACCUCUGGUUCCUCCACUCGUCCUGGGCUUGCACAUGCUACUUCCUUUGAGGUUCAGAACGUCCGUGAUCUCAGCUUUCACAUUACACCACCUCAGCCCUGGCACCCCGGGCGGGAAGAGCUGCAACUUAGCCUGUUCUUCUUUCUGGUGCUUAAGAUAUCCUAGGAAUGGGGACACGUGACAGCCAUUUGCUCCCCGAAACAUUCUGGAUUUGCAAGAAAAAUAUGACCACACUCCAGCUGGUAUCACACGUGGACUUUUCUUUCCAGUGAAAUCAAUUACUCUUCAGUUAAGCCUUUGGAAAUGGCCCCGCUUUAAAAAGCUCCAAAUGCAGCUUUUUAAAAUUAAUCUGGGCCAGAAUUUCAAACGGCCCCCUAGGCUGCUGGUGUGUGCCUGUGAGCUGAACUCGGACAAUAGACUUCUGAAAUACAUCUGUAAGAGACGGUCCAUUUUAUUUGUGCCGGAAUGCUUUAGGUUAUACAGUUAUGGAUUGAAAGUUUACAAGGGCAAAAUCAGGCUCUUCCUUCUAAGCAUGUGACUUUCUGGAUUAUUCAAAAUGAUGCAUGUCGAAGCCUUUGUAAAUUGUCAGGUGCUGUGCAAAUGUUAUUAUUUUAAACAUUAUUAUAUGUGAAAACUGGUUAAUAUUUAUGAACUACCUUGUUUUAUUCUCCCAAGUUUAUACUUUUAUAGACAACAUGACCAUGAACUUUAUGCUGUAAAUAAUCACAGAGGAAUAAAUUAUGGAGUCACCACAGCCCUCUUCAU